GGGGGGUCGGGGCGGUACAAGAGGCGCGGCGGGGCCGGCCCGGGGCACUCCCGGCGCCGCCGCCAUGGAGGAGGCGCAGCGACUGCUGACGGUGUCGGUGUGGAAGCUCUACCGGUGCCGGGUGCGGCGGGGCGGCCUCCGCCUGCACCGGAGCCUGCAGCUCUCGCUGCUCGUCCGAGCGGCGCGACACCGGUACCUGAGCGCCCGAGCGGCCGCCGGGAGCCCGCCGGCACCGGGGCUGGAUGCGGUGGCGGGGGCGGCCCGGGGGGGUCGGGGCGGUACAAGAGGCGCGGCGGGGCCGGCCCGGGGCACUCCCGGCGCCGCCGCCAUGGAGGAGGCGCAGCGACUGCUGACGGUGUCGGUGUGGAAGCUCUACCGGUGCCGGGUGCGGCGGGGCGGCCUCCGCCUGCACCGGAGCCUGCAGCUCUCGAACCGGUGGUGA